AUGGCUAAGCGAGGAAAAUCCGCAUCGAAGGGCAAGGAGACGAGCCUCAACCAUGAGCCUGACGUAGGGCCGAGCAACAACACCGGUGACAACAGAUCAGACUCGCUCCCGCCGCUCUACGAUGUGUUUCUCUGCCACGGAUCGUUCACCAAGGCCUGGUGCCUGGCGUUGUACGACAUGCUGAGCGAGCGCAACAUCAAGACCUUUGUCGACAACGUGUCGCUCAUCGGCGACUGUGUCGAGGGUCCCAAGGACUUGGUAGCAAAGGUCCUCCGGUCGCGCGUCGUCGUUGUCAUUGUCUCCAAGUACCUGUUUGUCUCUAAUUGGGCCAUCGCCGAGGCGGAAGCCGUGCCGAGGGAGAAAAUCGACGCCAAGCUUGUGCCUGUCUUUGGCCUCGAUCCGGUCAUGACGUACGACCAGCUGGGGAAAUGGAACAGAGCUCACGUCGCCAAUGAUCCCAUCCAAUCGCAUCCGCUCAUCAAAUACAUGUCCGACCAUGCAUUCCCGGACGCUGUCGACAAUGCGGUCUACAAAAAGGCUCGCGAGAUCUGGACCGAUGUCCUCAAGUCGGAAGAGAAGCUCCAGCAACGGGUCGCGGUAGCCAGACGUCUCAAAUCCCGCGGCCUCUUUCUGUGUGAGCUCAACAAGACCAGCGUACAAGAGAUUUUGAAGAAACUGCGCGAUGCGGUGGUGAUGGCAGUCGAGAAAAGCCGUGCCGAGUCGGUGGUAGCGUCGCACAAAUCGUACGCCCUCGAUCUGCUGUCAGUCCCACCGCUGCCGUCGUUCUUCCUUCCACUUCCGUCUCUCCAUGACGAGCUUGCCAACAAGCUCUGCACUCCUUGUGGCCCCAACACAACUUCUGUUGUCCACCUCACCGGCAUCCGCGGAUCAGGCCGGACCGUCGCCGCCGCGGCCGCCUGCCAUACAGCCGCCGUCUCUGGUCGGUUUGUGCCCAUUCUGUGGAUCGACGCCGACUGGACGAGUGACGACGCUGUCGUCGCCAGCCUCAAUCUGGUCAUCGAGGCGCUGGGUGGAGACGCCGUCCCGCACCUCAAACUCUGCUACCAAGAGCUCACCAAACUGCUGGCAGGCAUUACUGACACCCGGAUUCUUCUUGUCGUCGACGACGUGGCACACUCCGACUCGCGCUAUGCGGCCGCCCUGUGCGACGCCAUCAGCCCGCCCCACAAGCUCCUACUUGUGUCGUGCAACACGCGUGGCAUCCGCACUGACGACUUUAGCUGCUGCACAACGUUGGAGCCCAAACUCGCUGUCGAACUGUUCAUGGCCUCGUUUGACCGGAGCGCAUACCUGGGCACGGCCCCGGACAACUCGUUCUUUGACGUCCUGAUCGAGCACUGUGGCGGCCAUCCCGGUGCGCUCGUCGCGCUCGCCACCGCCAUCGGCAACGCCGACGAUUUGAACGAUGCGCUUGCAACAGCUGAGCGCGCGUUUGUGGGUGACUCGUCCAUCGAUGCUAUUGAGUACGCACUCAGUACACUCGUCGAGUCCAUGCAAGGCUCGGGCCGAGAGGUGUAUGCCUCGCUGGCAGCCUUUCCGCUCCAUCCGCCUCGCAUUGCCUCGUCGGGGCUCACCAUUCUGGCCAGGAUGCUUGGCUUUACUCGCACUCGCCUCAACCGCGUCCUCACCGAGCUUGCCCACGCCAACCUCCUUUCAGUCUCGCGCACCUUGCACGGCUCGGUGGACACGAUCACGCUCAACGCCUUUCAGCACAAGGCCGUGGCUCAACUUGCGACGGUGAAGGGCGUUGAUCUGGAGCAGAUCUACCUUGCUCUCGCCGCCGGUGGCGACGCCGCGCCAAAGAGCGUCGACGAUGUCAAGGAUGCCGUCGUGAACAACGCCGCGAACUCCAAGAGCCCAGGUGCAGACCUCAUCAACCUCGCACACGGCAGCAUGAUCACCGCGCUCGACGUUGUCUUCUCAUGGGCGUGGUUCUCUGCCGCCUUUGCAUCCAACCGCACCGAGCUCAUGCAUGGCCUCGUGCAGCUGCAGUCGCUCCUUGUCAACAAGCCAAACGCUGCUGCCGAGCUGAAUCGCUUACUUGUCGCCUCGCGCUCCGUUCCGCCCGACAUUAUUAUCGCUGCGCCGGACCUUGCUGCGGAGCUCGCUGUCUACCUUGCUGAGCCCUGCGAGCUGCCUUUCGUCAGCGAGUCGCCUUGCAUCGCAAGACUCAUGCUCGGCGCGCGGGAGACAGUACAGUCUCGCGCUGUCCCGCUAGAGCCGCUCUACCACGGUCUGCUCGACUGCAUCCAGUUCGAGAAUGGCAAGAACAGGUACCUGCGGCAUGUCGUGCAGAUUGAUGACAACCUGCUCAUCGCGGCUGUGGCCGACAGGCUGUGGAUACUGAAGCGAGACCAUUCUACUUGGGCUAUGACGCCCGGCGUGCCACUCCUGACCACUUCGGUCAUCUCCAGCCUUCAAGUCCUCGGCAGGCAUGGUCCCGACGGCAUGCCCUGGCUGCUAGCCGUACACGUCGACAAGACUCUGGCCAUCUGCCUCGAUCCUUCUGCCGCCUCUGCCGACCAAGCCUGUAUCGCUCUUCCAGAUCACAAUAUGGCAGGCAAGAGUAUCAAGUCAGUUGUUUGCGUCCCGCCGGAGCUCCCUGCCACAGAUAACUGCCUGCCGUACAUUGUGGCCUGCUUUCCGGGCAAAAAGGUGGUCAUCUGGGGCCCAUCGGGCAACUCGCCAUGCGCUGCCACCCAGCACUCUGGCUACAACUCGCCAAAGGUGCAAACCUUCGACCGGGCGCCGGCUGUGACUCUGUUCCCGGGUGGUUUCGUCGUGAGCUAUGGCAACGCGAUGUCUAUCUGGUUGCCGCCGUUUGAGUCCGCACACAACCUCAAGACCAACCAACCUGAGAUCGCGGGCGCGCUGGUUGUGCCCGAGACCGGCGCCUUAGUCUCCUGGUCGACCAAGCUACUCGUUUGGCGUCACAACAUGUCUGGCAGCUUUGACAACUCAGUCGAGCUCUGGGAUGCGCCAACCAAGAUUGUCGGGGUACGUGUGCUCUCGGCGGCUCCGCUUGAAGUCAUGGCCUGGACGAAGACUGAUCUGGUUGUUUGCGGCAGAGAUGCAACCAAGCUUGCUUUCUCGGUCGGCAACGGUGAGAAAAUCAGCUUCGUCGAGGCGAUUGGCACGGCGGAUGCGCCGGUUGUGGUCUACGCCAGCGCGCGCUUGCUCUACAAGCAGUCACCCGUUGCCAUCUCGUGGACCAAGACUGUGGUCAUCGUGUGGACAAGCCAUCGCCGCAAGGACGGGAGCCUCGGCUUUACCAAGGAGGCAGAGUAUACCCCGGACAUGCCCGCUGGCUGCGAGAUCUCCACUGUCUCCAUGUCGCCCGAUGGACGGACGAUCAAGCCGAAUUACAAGCCGCGCAAGAAGACCAAGUUUGCCCAUGUCGAGUGGGACAUAUCCGCCCUCGGCGUGGAUCCAAUCGAGGCUUGCAGCAGGUUGAAGUGGCGCAAGCACGUCAAAGCUAAUCAAGUGUUGCUUCACGGCAAGAAGUACCGCGAGUCGUGCAACCACGUCACCGUCGAUGGCUGGAUCUGCACCGCUCUUAUCAGCUCGAGCCGGCCCCCUAUCCUCGCCACUAUCCGCCGCGCAAACGACGAUUCGCCCUAA